AAAGUUUGGUCGUGUUGCAGCGGAUUCCUAAAUGGGACGGGUGUCGGUGAUUGACAUCUCUUUGUGUCGGCAGAAGAGCAGACGUUGUCGAUGCUGACUCGGGACGUGCGGAUUCUGGAGAGGGCAAAUCACAGAGCUCGGAGCCGCGCAGAGAGCAGGACUCGGUUUAAGACGCGCCACUGUCGGGACGGGACGGGACGGGAGGAGUUCGGCUAGUAUCCACCGCACACCGAUGAAGAGGAAUUGAACACAUUUUAAAGAGCGCUGUUUCAGUCUUCGGGACCCGUGCUGUAUCUGUGCCAGACAUCUGUGCUGUGCUUCUGAUAGCAUGGAGCGAAGGAGCCUGCAGCUGCCAGUUUUAAUGGCAAUCUGCGCGCUGAUAGAAACCGGCAUUUGCAAUAUAGAUAAGCAAGAAAUGCAAGUGAUUGACCUCCUAAGCCUGCAGGACUCUAAGCAGACAGCAGCCGCAGUGGAGAAAGUGUCCUCAGAGAUGGGGAGGGUCAACGAUCUCUACGUGGUGUCCAGCUUCAGACUGCCGGCCAAACUAGGAGGGGUUCUCGUGGGACUCUACUCCAGGCAGGACAACAGCAAAUUCCUGGAGGUCGCCAUCACUGGCAAGAUUAACAAAGCUCUAGUGCGCUAUGUAAGAGAAGACGGAAAGCUCCACGCUGUCAACCUGCAGAAUGCUAACCUGGCAGACGGGCAGAGCCACUCUCUGAUCCUGCGAAUCGGGGGCCUGCGUCGAGACACCCUCACCAUGGAGAUGUAUGUGGACUGUCGGCUGGCAGACUCCAUCCAGGGGCUGCCCAGAUUGGUCAGGCUGCCCCUAGAGGCGGAGUCAGUGGAUAUACGAACAGGACACAAGUCCUAUGCAAGGUUACAGGGUGGGGUGGACAUUCUGAAGCUUGUCCUAGGGGGGACAGUGUCCAAAGUGGGGGUUCUCACUGACUGUCCAUUUCAGGGGGACGCCUCAAUACACAACACAGUGAAUGGCGCUUUGAACUCAAUUCUGGGUGACCAGACGAAGGCUCUGAUUGGUCAGCUUAUGUUGUUUAAUCAAAUUCUGGGAGAACUCCGGGAAGAUAUCAGGGAACAGGUGAAGGAGAUGGCACUGAUCAGAAACACUAUUUUGGAGUGCCAAGUAUGCGGUUUCAACGAGCUUCGAUCACGCUGCACCCCCAGCCCGUGUUUCGAGGGGGUCCCCUGCAUGGAGACGUACGAAUACCCCGGGUACCGCUGCGGGGCCUGCCCUGAGGGCAUGAUGGGAAAUGGAACACACUGCAAAGACAUUGACGAGUGCUCUCUUGCUCAACCCUGCUUCCCCGGGUCUAACUGUGUCAACAUGGCCACUGGCUUCCGCUGUGAGGCGUGUCCACCUGGGUACUGGGGACCAGAAAUGAGUGGAGUGGGAGUGCAGUAUGCCAAGACACACAAACAGGAGUGCGCCGAUAUCGACGAGUGUAACAAUGGAGCCUGCGUCCCAAACUCUGUCUGCUACAACACUGUGGGCUCGUAUAAGUGUGGUCAGUGUUUGCCUGGUUUCGUGGGCAAUCAGAUGGGGGGCUGCCUCCCGCAGAAGUCCUGCAGCAGCCUAACCUUUGACCCCUGCGACGUGAACGCCCACUGCGUGAUGCAGAGGAACGGCGAGGCGUCGUGCGCGUGCAAUGUGGGCUAUGCUGGUAACGGACACACGUGUGGUCCUGACACUGACAUUGACGGCUAUCCUGACGAUGCCCAGCCCUGUAUAGACAACCACAAGCACUGCCGACAGGAUAACUGCCGCUACACACCCAACUCGGGGCAGGAGGACGCGGACAACGACGGGAUCGGGGACCAGUGUGACGAGGAUGCAGACGGGGACGGCAUCAAAAACGUUGAAGACAACUGCCGCCUGGUUGCCAACAAGGACCAGCAGAACUCCGACACCGACUCGUUCGGAGACGCGUGUGACAACUGUCCCAACGUCCCCAACAUUAACCAGAGAGACACGGACAGCAGCGGCGAGGGGGACGCGUGUGACAACGACAUCGACGGGGACGGGAUCCCCAACGUGCUUGAUAACUGCGCCAAGGUACCGAACCCCCUGCAGACCGACCGGGACGGGGAUGGGGUGGGAGACGCCUGUGACAGCUGCCCCGAAAUCAGCAACCCAACCCAGACGGACGUGGACAAUGAUCUCGUGGGUGACAUGUGUGACACUAACCAGGACCUUGAUGGAGACGGACACCAGGACACGAGGGAUAACUGCCCGGAGAUUCCAAACAGCUCACAGCUGGACUCGGACAACGACGGCAUCGGAGACGACUGCGACGACGACGAUGACAACGACGGAAUUCCAGACUUCGGAACGCCGGGACCGGACAACUGUCGCCUCAUUCCCAAUCCCAACCAGAAGGACAGCGACGGUAACGGUGUUGGGGAUGUCUGUGAGAAUGACUUUGACAAUGACACAGUGAUGGAUGUAUACGACGUGUGUCCUGAAAGUGCAGAGGUCACGCUGACAGAUUUCAGAGCCUAUCAGACGGUGGUGCUGGACCCUGAGGGCGACGCCCAAAUCGACCCCAAUUGGGUGGUUCUCAACCAGGGAAUGGAGAUUGUUCAGACUAUGAACAGCGACCCGGGACUGGCUGUAGGGUACACUGCUUUCAACGGCGUGGAUUUCGAGGGCACCUUCCACGUGAAUACGGUGACCGACGAUGACUACGCAGGCUUUAUCUUCGGCUACCAGGACAGCUCCAGCUUCUACGUGGUGAUGUGGAAGCAGACAGAGCAGACCUACUGGCAGUCUAUACCCUUCAGAGCCGUGGCAGAGCCAGGGCUGCAGCUCAAGGCAGUGAAAUCGAAGACAGGCCCAGGAGAGUUCCUCCGCAACGCUCUCUGGAACACGGGACACACUGAGGACGAGGUCCGCCUGCUCUGGAAAGACCCUCGAAACGUGGGCUGGCAGGACCGGACCUCCUACCGCUGGCAGCUCAGCCAUCGACCGCAAGUCGGCUACAUCCGGGUGAAGCUGUAUGAAGGCUCGGGAUUGGUUGCGGACUCCGGCGUUGUCAUAGAUACCACAAUGCGAGGGGGCCGGCUCGGGGUCUUCUGUUUCUCUCAGGAAAACAUUAUCUGGUCCAACCUGCGAUAUCGCUGCAACGACACAAUCCCUGAAGACUUUGCGCCGCAGAGAAAGCCGUUCCAGCAGAACUACAAACUCUGAGAGGGGAGGUCGACACAAAACCAAAAACACAAAGACUUUAUAAUGAAACAGUCAUUGUCAUUGGAAACCAACAAAACUCCCGGCGAGGCUACACGUGUGUGUGUGUGUGUGUGUGUGUGUGCGUGCGAGAGUGGGGUGCAUUGAACCAUAGGGAGUAAUCGAGUCACUUAGCAGCGCAAGAGGUUAGUCCACUGUACUGUUAGCCUGCUAAACGUUCACAAAAGCAACAGCCCCGAUAAUUUUGCCUCCUUUUUAAACAAUUUUCUGUCCACUACUAUAGUACACAGGGCUAAUACAAUCAUUGAUUAAAUCUGAGCCAAUAUGUACUGCCGUCACUUCAGAUCUUUUCCUCCACGGAAGAGAUUGUGUGUUUGAUUUUUAAUGGUAUUUGUUUCAAUAGCAUUUUUUAUCAAUAAAACUGGCUCUUGCAGUCUUUCCCGCGCUGCACGUCCCGUUGAAGGAACACAGCUGACACACCGAGUUUCUUCUGGGCCUUGCAGGCAAAACAAUUAGUAUUUUUGCAAUUUUUUUUUUUUAAAUAUAUAUUUCUCCAGAAAAGAAUGGUGUUGCCAUAGUUGAGUCAAGCAACCUUACUGAAGUGUAGCAGUGAAUUUUCUGCAAAGGAGUGUUCGAUCAAUAUUCUUCACCAAGAGCUUCAAAUAAAUUACUAUUAAAAAAAAAAAUCAAAUAAUCUUUUGCGUAACGUGUGCGUGUAUUUCAUAUAGAAACAUCCGAGACCUAAGAAAUGAGGCAGUGUAUAUAUGAUAAGAUGUACCUGGGUUAUUUGGCAGCACCGUCUACUUAGCAGAGAUUGCUUGAGGAAAUACAGUCAAUGAGCGAGUGCUGUAGUUCCAAAUGAGCAUGUAGUUCCAAAAAUAUUAAACAAAUAAAAUGACAAAUAUUUAUAUUUGAAGUAUUUCCAUCAACGAUGAUGUUGAAAUUCAGAGAAGCACCACCUAGAGUCUGCUAUUGGUUGACUGCUACUGAUCCCCCUUCUCUGAUCUUGAAGGGCUGUUCGGUUCUUUGCUUCCUUGUUUGUAAUAUUAAAAGUUGCUGCUGCCACAUUGUAGCUGAAGACAGGAACCGUAUCUUACUGCAAGACCCACAGCGGAAGAGUGCCGUAAUGUUAUUGGCUAGACCCCCGCCCCUUGUGUGUGUGUGUGUGUGUGUGUGUGUGUGUGUGUGUGUGGAAUAAAACCUGGCCAACCAAUAGGAAUGAUAUCUUCAUUUUGUAUUGAAUUGCAAUCAAAGAGCAAGUGUGCUUGGCAUGCGGAGAUAUCUGAGCAGAGUACAGUCCAAGAAGCAGAAACAGUGCUGACCAGACCUGACCGGCUGCUUUGGGGAAGUAUUCCAGUGGGUCAGCUGAGGACUAGCCAGUGGAAGCCAGACAUAUUCCAAGUGACGUUUUAGUUUUUGCAUUCCGUGGAAGCCAGACAUAUUCCAGUCAACCUCCCAAAUUUAUUUAUUUUUUUGGUCAUAGCUCCUGGAUGAAUUACACCUUUUGUGCUAAAAACCAAAAUCUAUUUUCUUACCUUUUCAUUCGCACUGGAAGCAGUGUAUUAUAGGUGGGUACAGAAAAUUAAAUAAUGUCUUACCAUCAUUCGUGGUCUUUGGUUUCCAAUUCUUGUUCCAUUUUGUUUCAGCAAGGCUCAUAGCAGUAUCUACUAAAGAGCAUUUCAAGACAGCUCCACACAAGGGCUUUUUUCAUCAAUGUAAAAGUGAGAGACUCGACUCAUUUGAUGAUCAGUGCCGCCUUCUACACCUGUGAGCUUCCUUGCCGACAGUUGCGUUGUGUUGGACUGGCUGAGUUAAUUGCUGCUGCUAACGAGAUGCGAGGAGUCUGAUGGGUUUUUAUUGCAGAGAAGCUCACCCUGGUGUAGAAGGCGAGACUAAUAAUCAAAUUAGCCUCUUACCUUUAGUCUCACAGUGAUGAUAUAAAACACCUUUAUGUGGAACAUCUUGUAAUGAACUUCAGUAGAUGUUGCUGUAAACCUUCCUGACUGUUUUACAAAAUAAGUUUUAAGGGUGUGAUAGAAAAGUUGAAACACAAUCUGAAACUAAACACCACGAUGAUACACAGGGGAGAAAACUUGAACUUUGUAUGUAGGGGAGAGAAUUAUUGAAUUUUGUAGGUAGGGGAGAGAACUGAAUUUUGUACACCCCAUUUGUUCUCACAUUACAAUGGAUCAAUGUGUGAUGAAUUCAAGCAUUGCUUUCUGAUACACAAAAAUAUGAAUUUUGUAAAAUUGUCCUGUUCAACUUUUUAAAUAAAAGUACUCCCAAUCUUCAAAA